AUGUCAUGCAUGGAUGAGAAGCUGGCAGUGGUGCAGGCUUGCAUCGGACUGUUUCAAGAACCCUGGACGGUCCGUAAUAAAAUUAAAGGGGUUGAUUCACGGCGCGGCAAUCUGUUUUAUAGUAACCGCGUAAAUGACAAGGUAAGGGCUUGCAUUUAUGUUUCUAAAGGCAUCAAUGCAAUGUACCUUCCUCAAUACUCCACAGGAGAUUUAGUGGCGGUUAAGGUGGAGAUAGAGACUGCUCGCGGUAGAAGGGAGCUGGUCCUUGUCUCUGCUUACCUGCCAUACGACGCGGCUGAUCUGCCUCCCUCUCGGGAGAUUGCAAAUCUGGUGGCGACGUGCGAGAUGAACUCAUGGGAGCUUCUCGUUGGGGCUGAUGCUAAUGCUCACCACAUUGCAUGGAGUAGCAUUGGCGUCAAUGCGCGCGGGGAGGUUCUUUUGGGAUUUAUCUGCGCGAACCAAUUGGAAAUUAUAAAUGUUGGGGACAAGCAAACUUUCGUCAACAGACGGAGGAAGGAAGUCAUCGACAUUACAUUUGGAACGAGUGUCGCAGCUGAGCUAGUAACAUGUUGGCAUGUGUCGGAUUUUCUAACUAUCUCUCAUCAUAGGAGGAUUUACUUCGACAUCUCGGCCCUGACUGUUGGUCCCAAACCAUUCCGCAAUCCACGGAGGACGAGCUGGUCAGUUUUUAACCGUUCCUUUUCCGAGUGUUGGGCAGACAAUGGGAAUGUGCCUAGAGAUGCUGAGAGCAUUGAUGACUCAGUUGAAAAACUGAACUCGGCUUUGCUAACGGCGUUUGAAAAAGCCUGCCCAUUGAUAACAAACUGA